GGCCCCUCGGCAGCUCCCGGCUUCCCCGGGCGCCCGCCCCGCCCCGCCCCUCCCGCCAUGGCGCCGUUCGAACCCGCGGCGCUGCCGGAGCUGCUCCCGCUCUUCUACCGGCGGCUCUUCCCGCACGGCCCCUACGGGCGCUGGCUCGGCUACGGCGGCGUGGUGAAGAACUACUUCCAGCUGCGGGAAUUCUCCUUCACGCUGCGGGAUGACAUCUACGUGCGGUUCCAGUCCUUCAGCAGCCCCCAGGAGCUGGAGCGCGAGUUGCAGAAGCUGAACCCCUACAAGAUCGACAUCGGCGCCGUCUACUCCCACCGGCCCAACCAGCACAACACGGUGCACAUGGGUGCCUUCCAGCCACAGGAGAAGGAGCUGGUCUUCGACAUCGACAUGACGGACUAUGAUGAUGUCCGGAUGUGCUGCAGCUCGGCCGAUAUCUGCUCCAAGUGCUGGACCCUGAUGACCAUCGCCGUCCGCAUCAUCGACCGCGCGCUCGUGGAGGACCUGGGCGUCCGGCACCGCCUGUGGGUGUACUCGGGCCGAAGGGGUGUCCACUGCUGGGUGUGCGACGACGUGGUGCGGAAGUGGUCACCCGCGCUGCGAGCGGCCGCCGUGGAGUACCUGACGCUGGUGAAGGGUGGAGCAGAGACAGUGAAGAAGGUGAACCUCUCCGAGCCCAUCCACCCCUUCAUCAGGCGCUCGGUUGGCGUGGUGGAGAAGUACUUUGAGGCGUACGCACUGGUGGGCCAAGACAUCCUGGGCAGCCCAGAGAGCUGGGAGAAGGUGCUAGCCCUUGUCCCAGAGGAGCACCGUGAGGUGCUGCAGGAUGAGUUCCCCAAGAAACGGGACUCGAUGCAGCGCUGGGAGCUGCUGAAGGGCAGGAUGGAGCGGACACGGCGGCAGGGGACAGCCGGGAAGAGUGCUCCAUGCUAUGCUGAUUGGGAGAUCAUGCUGCAGUUCUGCUUCCCUCGCCUCGACAUCAACGUCAGCAAGGGCUUGGGGCACCUCCUGAAAAGCCCCUUCAGCGUGCACCCCAAAACAGGUCGCAUCUCAGUGCCGCUGGACCUGCAGCGCUUGGAGCAGUUCGAUCCGUUUGCUGUCCCUACCAUCAGUUCCCUGUGUGAGGAGCUGGACGCAGCUGGUGACGAUGCAGAGCAGGAGGAGGGUGGCGAGUUGGAGCCGAAGCGCCGAGCGCGGGGAAGACGAGCCUGGCGCCCUACGUGCGGAUCUUUGAGCAGUUUGUGGAGGAGAUGGAACGUGCACGGAGAGGAGAGCUGCGGAGGAGGAGUGACCUGCAAGGAGACUUCUGAGGCUUCGCUGCCACCGACCGCUCUGUUCUUGCUGCGGGGCCACUGUUGGCCACAAGCAUCCUGGUGCCUCGGAACGAGGAGGCUGCAGCCGAAUCCUUCAGCCCCACUCAACCCCUUCCCACCUUUUGGACCUUUUCUACAUAAAAAACAUUAAAUGUCUCCGU